GUAAAAACUUAAGAUUUCUCUUUAAAACCCAAGUUUCACAAGUAUCCUUCGUAAAUUAUAAAUUAAACAGCUUCUAUAAGAAUACAUGAACAGUUACAUUGCUCAAAGCACAAUUUUGAAGGGACUUAAGAUCCGUAUUUAAAAGCUUGCAACUGAUUGUGUUUUCAAGGUCUCGCAUUCAAAAACAUGGACAUACCUAUCCAUUUAACACUCUCCUACCAAAAAAAGAUUUUUAAUGAAGUUAUCAAUGAGGACGGACUCUGUGUUAUGGCACCAGGCCUUUCUUUACUUCAAAUUGCAGCAAAUGUUCUAGCUUACUUUGCCGUUCCAAGGUCGUUAGUCUUGCUGGUCGGAGCCAAUUCUAAUGAUAAUGAACUAAUGCAGCGAGAGUUGGAAGAGGAAUUGGGAAAAACUCUACAAAUUGUAAACACAGAAACUAUGUCCGUAGACAAACGAGAAAAAGCAUAUCAAGACGGAGGCAUUUUUUCUGUAACCAGCAGGAUUUUGGUAAUGGAUUUAUUGACUCAUAUAAUUCCCACAGAAAACAUUACUGGGCUCGUAUUACUGCAUGCAGACAGAAUUGUUUCAACGGGAACAGAGGCUUUCAUUAUACGGUUAUAUAGAGAGAAAAACAAAACUGGAUUCAUUAAGGCCUUUAGCGAUGACCCAGAACGAUUUUUAAUGGGAAUCAAUGCUCUCAGCAAUGCUUUGAGAUGCAUGUUUCUUCGCCAUGUCUUUAUUUAUCCUCGGUUUCAUGUUGAUGUAACUGAAUCUUUAGAAAAGACACCAGCGGAUGUUAUUGAGUUAAAUGUUGACUUUACAGAUUCUCAGAAGUCAAUUCAAUCUUGUCUACUUUCUUGUAUUGAAGCUACCGUUCGAGAACUUCGCAGAUACAACUCAGCUUACCUAGACAUGGAAGAAUGGAACAUCGAUUCUGCCUUACACAGGAGCUUUGAUGUGACUAUUCGUCGUCAACUGGAUCCGGUUUGGCACCGCGUGAGUCCCAAGAGCAAGCAAUUAGUAGGCGAUCUGUCCACCUUAAAGUUCCUCUUGAAUGCACUAAUUUCUUACGACUGCGUCAGCUUCCUGAAGAUUUUGGACACUAUCAUUCUUUCAGUUCGCACCGGAGGAUUUUCCAGUAAUGCUCAACCCUCACCAUGGCUCAUGUUAGAUUCCGCAAAUACAAUGAUUCGAAUAGCUAGGGAUCGUGUUUACCGUUCUCCAACUGGAUCCAUGGAUGAAUAUUAUCCUGUCUUAGAGGAACAACCGAAGUGGUCUGUUUUGCGCGAUGUUUUAGAAGAAAUUAGCCAUGAAAAUAUACUCCAUGAAAGCAAUGACCCUGAAUUUUCCACGAACUCAAUUCUUAUAAUGUGUUCAGAAGAACGGACCUGCUUACAAUUACGAGAUUACUUAAGUACUAUACAUUACGACACUAAAGAGUCCUUUAAAAUGAUGAACAGUCGACUGAUGGACUACUUCCACUGGCGUGAACAGUAUAGAAAUAUGAGUAAUUCGAUUAGCAAGAUUGAAAGAAAUUCUAAAGAGAAGCAAAACACCCCUGAAACUAGCAGAAAAGGUGCUCCUGCAUCUAAACGGAGAAGAGUAAGAGGAGGAGGCAUAGCUGCGUCUCGGUCUACAACAGAAAGCAAUUUGGCUCAAGAUAAUUUCUCCAAAGAUAUACGCUUGGAAAAACUUUUGCUCUCUCAAAUAUCGAAGUCAACCUAUACACAGGAAGAAAAUGAAUCUUUCGAGGUUCUGAGUGACACUAAUUCCAUUUAUAUUUAUACAUACAAUUAUGAAAUGGAUACCCUUCUUUUAAAUAGUCUGCGCCCACGAUUUAUUAUCAUGUUCGAUUCCGAUCCUGACUUUAUCCGGCGUAUUGAAGUGUAUAAAGCUACCUAUCCACAAAGAGCAACACGAGUAUACUUUAUAUAUUAUGGAGGGUCCGUUGAAGAACAAAAGUACCUUUAUACCGUUAGAAGAGAAAAAGACUCCUUUUCCAAGUUAAUUCGUGAACGAUCAAAUAUGGCUGUUGUUCUUACAGGAGAAAAUGAACGAUUCGAAGGCCAGGAAACAAAGUUUUUAAGAAAUGUGAAUACACGCAUUGCUGGUGGAGGUCAUGUUUCAGUGACAAAUGAAAAACCAAGGAUAGUGGUGGAUCUUCGAGAAUUUCGAAGCUCUUUGCCGUCCAUACUGCAUGGAAACAACUUCUCUGUUAUUCCCUGUCAACUACUGGUUGGCGAUUAUGUGCUUUCCCCAAAUAUUUGUGUUGAAAGGAAGUCUAUACGUGACUUAAUACAGUCGUUAAGUAGCGGGAGACUCUAUUCUCAGUGCGAAGCUAUGCUGGAGCAUUAUGAGGUACCCGUGCUGCUAAUCGAAUUCGAGCAAAAUCAAACUUUCACUUCUCCCCCGUUUUCGGAUCUUUCUACUGAGAUUGGUAAAUCAGAUGUACAGUCUAAGUUGGUGCUUUUAACUAUUGCGUUCCCUAAGCUGAGAAUCCUUUGGUCAUCGAGCGCUUAUGCUACGUCUCUGAUGUUCCAAGAUUUAAAAUCCUUGGAAAAAGAGCCAGAUCCCGCUGUUGCAGCUUCCAUUGGUUUGGAAGCUGGUCAAGAUUCCACAAACACUUACAAUCAGGCUCCAGUUGACUUACUAAUGGGACUUCCCUAUAUAUCUAUGAAAAAUUACAAAAAUGUUAUUUAUAGUGACGUGAUAAAUAUACAGGACGCUUGCGAAGUAGAUGAACGAAAAUGGUCUGAACUUAUAGGACCUGAAGCAGGACGUUCACUGUAUACUUUUUUCCGAAAGAAAUUAAAGGAUUAUGAAUAAAAAUUAUUUAAUGAAGGAAAUAUAAUAAACGUUUAAACCUCG